AUGGCAACUCCAAAAGACCUUGAAGCAGGCAAUGGGUCAGAUCCUGGGGUGACGGAGAAGCAAGGCACCUUCCAGAACUUAGCCCCAGAAUUGACCAUCAAAGGCGUCACCGAAGACUCUGAAGCCCUCUCCCCCGAUCCCGGCUCCGAACACCUCUUCGAGGUAGAAAACAACCCAUUCGCUUUCACUCCGGGACAGCUGGGGAAGUUGCUGAACCCGAAGAGCUUGGGCGCCUUCUAUGCACUUGGAGGACUUGGGGGCUUCGAACGAGGUCUGCGAACGAAUCGCACCUCCGGUCUCAGUAUCGACGAAACGGUACUCGAAGGCGGAGUAUCUUUCUACGAUGCGACCGGCACGGCUUCAAACGGUGCUGCCACGAAGACACCCACCACACCUACCACAUCCACCACGUCGGAGAGUGAUGCGUUCGUCGAUCGAAAGAGGGUGUUCAAUGACAAUCGAUUGCCGGCGAAGAAGGCGAAAUCGAUCUGGGAGCUGGCAUGGAUCGCAUAUAACGACAAGGUGUUGAUCCUCCUGACAGUCGCGGCGAUCAUCUCCUUGGCUCUCGGGCUCUACCAGACGUUCGGUCAGGAACAUGAGCCAGGCGAAGCGAAGGUCGAGUGGGUCGAGGGGGUUGCGAUUAUUGUUGCGAUAUUGAUCGUGGUCGUCGUCGGAACUCUAAACGACUAUCAGAAGGAGCGCCAGUUCAUCAAGCUGAACCGGAAGAAAGAUGAUCGGAAAGCCAAAUGCAUCCGAUCUGGACGGACCAUGGAGAUCUCGGUGUAUGAUAUCCUCGUGGGAGAUGUCAUGCUGAUCGAACCGGGCGAAGUCAUCCCAGUCGAUGGAAUCAUCAUCAGCUCGAACAACGUUAAAUGCGACGAAUCCUCGGCGACCGGCGAAUCGGAUCUGCUGAAGAAGCAGGCGGCGGAUCGUGUCAUGGAUGUCUUGAGAGGAGAUGGUGACGCCGACCUACAUAAACUGGACCCCUUCAUUCUCUCUGGCAGCAAGAUCGCUGAAGGCACCGGCCAUUACCUUGCCACUGCAGUCGGAGUCAAUUCGACAUAUGGCCGUACCAUGAUGUCGCUUCAGGAAGAUGUCGAAGCUACUCCCCUUCAACGGAAACUGAACGUCUUGGCAGAUAACAUUGCGAAGCUUGGAGGUCUUGCGGCCCUCUUAUUGUUCAUCGUUCUAUUCAUCAAAUUCCUCGUGCAGCUGAAGGGAUCCGGAGCGACCCCCGCGCAGAAGGGUCAGAAUUUCCUGCAGAUCUUCAUCGUAGCCGUGACGGUGGUAGUCGUGGCCGUUCCGGAAGGGUUGCCGCUGGCAGUAACCCUGGCUCUCGCGUUCGCGACGACGAGAAUGCUGAAAGACAACAACUUGGUCCGAGUGUUGCGAGCGUGCGAAACGAUGGGCAACGCGACCACCGUCUGCACGGAUAAGACAGGUACCCUCACUGAGAACAAGAUGACGAUGGUUGCCGCCACUGUUGGACAGAGCACACAGCUCGGAGUGACGACCGGUACGGCGACGUCCACGGCAUUGGAUGGCGAGACCGAACGAUCCGUCUCUGCAGAGGACGAGAAAGCAAGCGAGGUGUCACCGACUGAUUUCGUCACCAAUUUAUCCGAGCCGACCAAGGACCUCAUCCUCCAAUCCAUCGCCAUCAACUCGACCGCAUUCGAAUCCGAAGACGGCUCGGAAUUCAUCGGUUCCAAGACCGAGACGGCCCUUCUGACCUUCGCUCGCGAUCGGAUGGGUAUGGGCCCGGUCCAUAUCGAACGCGACAACGCCACCAUUGCCCAGGUCAUCCCGUUCGAUUCCGGCAACAAGUACAUGGCCGCCGUCGUCAAGCUCUCCAGUGGCCAGUUUCGCGUCUACGUAAAGGGCGCCUCGGAGAUCCUACUCCAGAAGUGCACUCGCAUCCUCGCCAAUCCGGGAGCGGACAUUUCCACCAUGGAAUUGACCGGCGCCGUCGCCGAGGGGCUGGACUACGUGAUCUCCGAAUAUGCAUCGCAUUCGCUUCGCACCAUCGCGCUUCUGUUCAAGGAUUUCGAGCAAUGGCCGCCGGCAGGUGCCGCCGCGGCCGAUGAUCCCACGCAAGCGGACUUUACCCAGGUCUUCGAAGAAAUGACCUUCGUCGGCGUCGUCGGUAUCAAGGAUCCCCUCCGUCCCGCCGUCAAGCAGGCCGUCAAAGAUGCGCAACAUGCCGGCGUCGUCAUCCGCAUGGUCACCGGAGACAACAGCCGCACCGCCGAAGCCAUCGCGAAAGAAUGCGGCAUCUACACCCCAGAGACUGGCGGCGUGGUCAUGGAAGGCCCCGUCUUCCGCAAGCUCGACGAAGCCGCGCGGAUCAAGCUCGUCCCCGACCUGCAAGUGCUCGCGCGUUCCAGCCCCGAAGACAAGCGCAUCCUCGUGCAGACGCUGAAGGAGCUGGACGAGACGGUCGCGGUGACGGGCGACGGGACGAAUGACGCGCCCGCGCUCAAGAUGUCGGACGUCGGGUUCGCGAUGGGCAUCGCCGGGACGGAGGUGGCGAAGGAGGCGUCGUCGAUUAUCCUGAUGGACGACAAUUUCGCGUCGAUUAUCAAGGCGUUGAUGUGGGGUCGGGCGGUCAAUGAUGCCGUGCGGCGCUUUUUGCAGUUCCAACUCACGGUCAAUAUCACGGCCGUGUCUCUUACGUUUGUCUCAGCGGUUGCCAGUAAGGAGGAAGAAUCCGUGCUCUCCGCCGUUCAACUUCUUUGGGUGAAUCUGAUCAUGGAUACCUUGGCCGCCCUGGCGCUCGCGACCGACCCGCCCAGCCGCAAGAUUCUGAAUCGGAAACCGGACAGGAAGUCGGCUCCUCUGAUCACCCUGAACAUGUGGAAGAUGAUCGUGGGCCAAGCCAUCUUUCAGCUCACCGCCACUCUCAUCUUGCAUUUCGCCGGUAGGGGAAUCUUGGGCUACGAUGCGGACAACGAGUACGAAAUGAAGCAGCUGAAAACUCUCGUGUUCAACACCUUCGUAUGGAUGCAGAUCUUCAACGAAAUCAACAACCGCCGCCUCGACAACCACUUCAACAUCUUCGAAAACCUCCACAAAAACCCCUGGUUCAUCGCCAUCACCAUCGUCAUGAUCGCCGGGCAGAUCCUCAUCAUCUUCGUCGGCGGCGAGGCCUUCAAGAUCGAGCGCAUCACCGCCGCCCAGUGGGGUAUCUCCAUCGUCAUCGGCUUCGUCUCCAUCCCCGUCGGCGCCAUCAUCCGCUGCGUCCCCGACGUCGUUUGCGCAUACGCCCUGCCACGGCCGUGGCGCCAGCGUCUCCUCCCCGAUACCUGCGCGAACGACGUCGAGGACGACGACGCGUCGAAUUUGGGGUUCAUUCAUCGGAUUAAGGGGGGGCGGAUCGCGCAUUUAAGGAAGAAGGUGUAUCGGAUGCGGGAGCGCGCCGGGUUCGAUAAUAAGAAGAUGGAGCGGAUGUCGUCGGUGCGGUGACCGACCCGCGGGAUUCUCGGUGGAAGGAGUCGUGGUCUGCAGUUCGGGAACGGCCUCCCUGGUUCUAUGUUUUUACUGCGUCUUUUGUGUGAUACCCAUCGUGCGUCGGAAUAUCUCAUCCGACGGCUUCG